AUGUUGAUUAAACCUGCCUCAGAAAUGUUAAGAUGGUGUUUGGUCCAGGCUCUCUGCAAACCUUGUACUAACAAAAUCCUCUCUCUUUCUCUUCCCCACUUCUCUCUCUUUCUCUUCCCCUUCUCUUCUUUCUCUUCCCCCUUCUCUCUCUCUUCCCCCCUUCUCUCUCUCUCUCUCCCCCCUUCUCUCUUCCCCUUUCUCUUUCUCUUCCCCUUCUCUUCCCUUUCUCUCUUCUCUUCCCUUUCUCUCUUUCUCUUCCCCUUUCUCUCUUUCUCUUCCCCUUUCUCUCUUUCUCUCCCCCUCUUCUCUCCCACACUCUUCUCUCUCCCACACUCUUCUCUCUCCACACACUCUUCUCUCUCCCUUUCACUUUCUUGUCUUCCCUUCACUCCUCCCAUUCAGCUGAACAAUAACUUGCUUGUAUUUCUGUUACUUUUUCUUACUCUUUCUUUUUACCUCUUUCUCCUUUCUCUCUCUCUCUCUCUCUUUCCCUUUUUCUCUCUCUCUUUCCCUUUUUCUCUCUCUCUUUCCCUUUUUCUCUCUUUCUCUCUCUCUUCCCUUCUCUCUCUCUUCCCUUCUCUCUCUCUUCCCUUCUCUCUCUCUUCCAUUUUCUCUCCUCUUCUCUCCUUUUCUCUUUUCUCUCCUUUUCUCUUUUCUCUCCAUUCUCUCUCUUUUCUCUCCAUUCUCUUUCUCUCUUCUCUCCAUUCUCUUUCUCUCUUCUCUCCCAUUCUCUUUCUCUCUUCUCUCCCAUUCUCUCUCUCUCUCUUUUCUGCCUCUCCUUUUCCCCUUUUUCUCCUUUUCCCCUUUUUCUCCUUUUCCCACCCUCUCCCUUUCUGUUUUUCCCACCCUCUCCCUUUCUGUUUUUCCCACCCUCUCCCUUUCUGCUUUUCCCACCCUCUCCCUUUCUGCUUUUCCCUCUUUCUCUCUUUUUGCUUUCCCCUCUUUCUCUCUUUCUUCCAUCUUCUUUUUCAUUUCUCCCUCUCCUUUCUCAGUACCACCUCACCAGACAGUGCCUCAUAUAGAUACAUACUUCAUUUGUUGGGAUAA